GGGGAGUAGCGUUGUAGCAUUGAAACGUCAAAUAGCCAUUUGUAUCUCCUCUCGUAACCAGUCCUCUCACAACCAGUCUUGUAGCUUAUAUUGAUACCUUAAGGAAUGGCUCAAAUUAUGACUUCAGCUGAAUCCUUACCAGAGUUUUCGAUCUCUUUUAACUGGGAAUUUCAAAAGAAUGACGGAAUACAUCAGGAUUCCCGAUCACCACCGCCUGUCUCGCUCUCAUCGACAACCAAAAGCCAGAUAGACUUAAAGAGAGUCACCGAACCGAAAGAUCUUCCUUAUAUUUCUCCCAUAGAAUAUGUUCAUGAUCCAGUACCAGAGGUACCCUGCCAUCUUACCAAAUUGCCGCCCCUUCCUUUUCCACAGUACGCUUCAACAGAUUGUCAAUAUACAAGCGUAAAUAGCGUACGCGUGAAUCCUCGCGCUGCAGGACUUCCAUAUCGUUCGAGAUUCGAGCUCAUCCGCGCAAGCAAGCACUGGAAAGCUAAUGUCGACGAGACUAAGAAAAUGCUUGAGCUGAUCAUUGCGGACCAUUCCAGCACGAGUGUGGGGAUGAGGGAUGGGUUGACCCUGGCCGGGCUUGCCAAGAAAGAGCUGCGACCGGGAUUGGAACAUCGGGUGGUGCUUGCGACAUCUUACAUGUACCCCAAUGCAAAUGAGAGACGAGCCAGAAUAAUCGCCGCAACAAUGAUGUUGCUUUUUAUUUAUGACGAUAAAAUGGAAGAAACGCCGGAAGGACUAUCAUUCACAAACUCGAGAGAGCAAUUUCUUGACUAUUUCAAGAAAGAGAAUGAUGUGAUGGCAUCGGAUUCAACCACCAGCGAUUUUCAGCGUCACUUAAAGUCUACCAUGAGUGCUAUAGCGGAUGAAGACGAGAUAUCAGGUAAUGGCGGAAAAGAGAUGAUCGAAGCAAUGAUUGGAGGAUUCCGAUGCGUUCAUCCAAACGGAGAGUUCCAGUCGUUGGAAGAGUAUUUGAGCUUUCGACGCUUGAACGUGGGUGCACAAUAUGUCAUUGCGGCCGCAAAGUUCACAAUUAAAUCUAGUGUAGAUGUGGAUGACCCCCGAUUUGCCAGGUAUCUAAGGUUAAUUGGCGACCACCUUGGGAUCAUAAAUGACAUGGCUUCUUACGAGAAGGAAUGUAGAGCCCGAAAGGAGGGUAGGCACCAGAAUAUGGUAAAUAUUGUGGCAGUUUUCCAGCAUUUGAGAUCACUCCCAAGUAGUGCGGAAGCAAAGGUGGCAGCGUAUACGUAUCAACUGCAAGUGGAAUCGUGGAUAAUAGAGGAAGUUGAGAUGUUAGCAGCUCGCGGAGACCUGACAGAUGAGGAAUGGUGGUUUAUUGAAGCAGUCUUCAUGACAGCAACUGGAAACGCCUUUUUUUGUAUGACAAGCUCGCGGUAUGGAGGAGAUGCUGCCAAGCUGACGUAGUGGAGCCAUGUAUUCAUGAAGUUUUUUUGGGGGGCAAAUAGUAACAGAGUUCAACUUUUUAGUUUAGAUAGCUAGUUUUGAAUGCAAAUCACUAGUUUUAAGUGUAUAUCGCA